CCUCACCACGCCUGCGCAAAGAAAUACAAGAUGGCGGAGGGUGCGGAAUUGAAGCAAAUGGUGAUGAGCCUGCGGGUGUCUGAGCUGCAGGUGCUGCUGGGCUACGCUGGACGCAACAAGCACGGACGCAAGCAUGAGCUGCUGACCAAGGCGCUGCAUCUGCUGAAGGCUGGCUGCAGCCCCGCCGUGCACAUGAAGAUCAAAGAGCUCUACCGACGACGCUUCCCUGCCAAAAUGGUAUCCCACUCAGAACUGGCCAUGCCCGGGCCACACCACCCGGCCACAGCUGUAGUGGUUGGAGGAGGGGGCGCCGCGCUGCCUGCUGGCCUGACACAGCUGGCGUAUGAGGGUCACGCCGGUCACGGGGGAGCCCCGUCGCCCGCUGCCUUACUGCCCCUCUCACUGCUUGGCCCUGGGAAGCACGAGUUAACGGGGCUGACACACCACCUGUCCAGCUCAGCCACGCUGCACCCGGUCCACCCAGAUGUCAAGCUCCAGAGGCUGCCCUUCUACGACAUGCUGGACGAGCUCAUCAAGCCAACCAGUCUAGCAUCAGACAAUAGCCAGCGAUUUCAGGAGACGUGUUUCGCCUUUGCAUUAACGCCACAACAAGUCCAGCAGAUCAGCAGCUCAAUGGACAUCUCGGGGACCAAAUGUGAUUUCUCAGUUCAAGUUCAGUUGCGCUUUUGCCUGUCGGAGACGAGCUGUCCUCAGGAAGACCAUUUUCCACCCAAUCUGUGUGUGAAAGUCAACGGGAAGCCAUGUAACCUGCCGGGUUAUCUUCCUCCAACCAAAAACGGCGUAGAGCCCAAGCGGCCCAGCCGGCCCAUCAACAUUACCUCACUGGUCAGAUUGUCCACCACAGUUCCCAAUACCAUUGUGGUGUCGUGGACCGCUGAGAUUGGAAGGAGUUACUCCAUGGCAGUGUACUUGGUGAAGCAGCAGUCCUCCACAGUGUUGUUACAGAGACUACGAGCAAAAGGCAUCAGAAACCCGGACCACUCCAGAGCACUCAUCAAAGAGAAGCUGACAGCAGAUCCAGACAGUGAAAUAGCCACGACCAGCCUUCGAGUGUCGCUGCUCUGCCCGCUGGGGAAGAUGCGACUGAUGAUCCCAUGCCGGGCACUGACAUGCUCCCACCUGCAGUGCUUUGACGCCACACUGUACAUCCAGAUGAACGAGAAGAAGCCCACCUGGGUGUGUCCUGUCUGUGACAAGAAGGCUCCCUAUGAACACCUCAUCAUUGACGGGCUUUUUGUGGAGAUUCUCAACAGCUGCAUGGAUUGUGAUGAGAUCCAGUUCAAGGAGGAUGGCAACUGGGCCCCCAUGAGGUCUAAGAAGGAAGUGCAAGAGGUCUCCUCUGCUACCUAUAACAACGGACUGGACGGUUCAAGUCGGACGUCCGCAGGCUCAGAUCAGCGGAGCUCUUCGUCGUCCAGCCACGGUGGGAGCGACAGCAGCAACAGCAAGAGAGUGGAGGUGAUCGACUUGACACUGGACAGCUCCUCAGACGACGAAGGACCGGAUUCACCGCCUCCGCCGCCGCCACCACUGCCUCCUCCACCCAAAAGAGCAUGUCCCUCUGUAUCCCCGACCUCGCCACCCAUCAUCAACAAAGGAGUGUUGAACCUGCACCACCAGGCCUCUCCUGUAAGCCGCACUCCCAGCAUGCCAGCCGUGGACACCAGCUACAUCCCUCCUGUCCCCCCACUAAUCCAGGACUAUAGACCCUACUACCACACCCCCAAUGACCUCUCAGAGUUGAACUUCUUCUCUUUUCUUCAAAGCGACAAUCAUCAGCAUUACAGCAUGGUGAUGGCAGCAGCGGCCGCCGCUUCAGCGUCAGACGACCACGAGCUGCUUCUCAACCGCUUCCUGCCCUACAGCACCUCCUCCUCCUCGUCCCAGCUGUUCCUCGACCAAUCAGGAGCCUCCUCGGCCCCUUCGCUGACCGCGCCGACCAACGGGGCGAGCAACUCGGGCGGCAGCAGCAGCAGCCUGGUGUCGUCCAGCAGCCUCCGCGACGCUCACUCCACACACUCGUCUUCACACUCGGGCUCACACUCCUCACACCCCGGGGUUUUGGCCAGCCGGAGCAGCGCUGAAGCAGCAGUGGCAGCCAUUUACGGUGGGAUACCCGACGUUAUAUCGUUGGACUGACUCUAGAAGAGUCUCGGCUAAACUAAGGGUCCAGCUGCACUCCAGUAACAGGCUUUUUGACUGCAGGGUAAAGUUUUGAUCCAGAAACUAGACUGGUCCCAAGUCAUAAAACUCAAAAUGUUUGGGUAUAACAAGACUGCCUCAAGAAGAGCAUUAAUAUUCUAAACAGGCAUGAGGGUUCCCUUCACCAGACUGACCUGAGAACAGUACUGAGUCAUCACUUAAACGGGUCAGCUGUGGACAUUCUGUUUGUUUAUAUACUGACUUCAGAUCAGAAACCUGUCCAGCAUGUGAACCCACGCAACUGCGAAACUGGCACCAACCUGGCACAAGCGGCAAAGACGCUACCUGAACAAAAACACAAAGGAGGACGCCGCUUUUUUUUAACGAAAACGAGGAGUGGCACCGUGUACAGAGAACAAAAUAUAUUUUCCUCUUUUACUUUUGUAUGUUAAAUCGGGACAUUUACAGUCUAGUGAGCUGCUCCAAUCGCUGUUUUUAAGGGGACGACUGAGGUUGUUUUGGUUUAUUUUUUCCCUCUCACAAAAGCUUAUACAUAUGCCUGUUGCAAUGUGGUUAUCUUUUUCCUCUCUUUUAUCCAGCUUUACAUUUUCUUUGCAUUUCUUCAAUAGAAUGUUUAAAUCUCUUUUUCAAGCUCUUUUUUAAAAUUCACAUUGUAUUAUUUCUCUGUCCAAUGACAAUAACACUGAAUUUACAGUUUAUUCAAGUACUAAUAAUUUUAUAAUGCUUUUAAGUUAUGUAUGAUAUUUAAACUGUUCUAAAUAUAUUAUAUAUAUGCAUUCCCUUUGACCUUUAAGUUAAUGUUGUGGGGAGUGUGUAGGUGGAAAUUAGCCAUUUGUGGUUUUUCAUUUUCACUCCAUGAUUUCCAACUCCUCACAAAGACUUUGCCGGCAUUCAGCAUUUAGAAAUGGAGACUUUUAGACUAUUUAUACUCGCCAAUUUACAGUUUUGAGCUGGAAGAGUUUUUUUGGUUUUCCUUUUAUUUUGCACAAUGCCAAAAAUAAGAUACGGUACCUAUGAAAAUGAUCACAAUAAUCAAGAGUGCAGUUGAAUCUGUGUGCCACGUUGUUUUCAGUCCAAGUGCCCACGUCUUCGGCAUGUGGUUAUUGAGACACUUAAACUGUGUGUCCUAUUGUCUCUGGUUUUCUCAGUUUCACCGUUGUUGUUUUUUGGUUUUUUUUUGCUUGUCUGUCAAAAAGGAAUUACAAUGAAGGUCAAGGUAGCAUCGUCGGCUCUUUUGAAGAGACGGUGUCCAUGGCAUGUGACCGAGUUUAAAGUAAUGCCUGUUAGUGUGCAUGCUUCACAGCGUGUUUGGGAUGUUUGAGUUUUCAGACUCAAAAAGAAUGCCGUAAAGAGUAACUCUCGCCAAAAUGCAACCUAGGGUGUUUUUGGGAAAGUACCCAAGUAAAACAUAUGUUUAACAUUAUAAUUAGGACGGAAAGGCCAUUUUUAAGAUUGACCUUAUUUUUGUUUUCGGUCAAAUGACCUUUUGAAUGGGAGAGCUAGGGGAACUACUGUGAUCGCCUCAGAAUAGUUAUUUUUAAAACACUGAGAAGGCUUGACACAUGAAACUUUGCUCUAAGUGUCACCAGGGGCUCUACACAUGAACUCCAGCAUUGAGAACAUUGUUUGUGUACACAGAAUUUACUAAAAAAAAGGUAUAACGACUCACUUUAGCUGUUGGUGUUUCCGUUGCUGACUUCUUGCCAGUCAAAAAGUGUUGAUCUCCGAGUGCAACGUAACAGGGAGGAGAGUAAAGAUGGAACGCUCCAUAAGCUUAGUUCUGUAUAAAUGCACAGAUAAUUCGUUGUUUUGUUGUUAGUGAAAAACAAUAUUGACCUUGCAGAUGAAAAAGGAGCCUCAUAUAAGAAUUACUUUUCCUCCUAUAUUGUUCAUUCAUUGGAGAGCUACACUUUUUCACCGGCAAAGAUGGCUGCAAGCGUAAACAACAACCGCUACAGUGAGUCGUUCAAAACCUUUCUUUUUAGUAAACUCUGUGUACACAAACAAUGUUCUCAAUGCUGGAGUUCAUAUAGAACCCCUGGUGAUGUGUCGCGCCUUCUUAGUGUUUUAAAAAUAGCGAUUCUGAUGCGACCACAGUAGUGCCCCUAGUACUCCCAUUCAAAAGGCCAUUUGACCAAAAAUACGCUCAGUCUUAAAAGUGGCCUUUCCGUCCUAAUUAUGCUUUUAAACGAAAGUUUGACUUGGGUAA